AAAAAGGUCAAAGUUUAGUGAUACAAGUAUUAACUUCAUUGAGAUUAUGACAUGGUGAAUUUUGAUUUUGUAAUUGAAGAAUUGGAUGAAAAGACGAAGGAAAUGCUGAGAGUGAUUGAUGAGGAUGCUGAUUCUUUCGCCGCACGAGCUGAGAUGUAUUAUAAGAAAAGGCCUGAGCUUAUAGCUAUGGUCGAAGAAUUCUACCGUUCACAUCGCUCAUUGGCCGAGAGGUACGACUUGUUGAGACCCUCUUCUGUGCACAAACAUGACUCAGAGAGUCAUGAGAAAUCAUCAACUUGUGAUGAGUCUUCUUGGUCUGAGGCUUGUGAGACUCAUGAGGAGUAUGCGGAGUCUGAAAUAGAUAACGGUGAAAGCAAAUGGGUCGAUGAAGGUGAAAUUGAUGGUAUUGUCGAGGAAAUAGAAUCAUCGCAAGUCGAAUACGGUGAAGCUAAUGGAAAUUAUGAGAUGAUGAAGGAAGAGAUGGAAAGGCUGAGAGAGGAGAAUAAGGUUUACAGUGAAAUGGUGACAGAGAAAGAUGAAGAGAAGAGAGAAGCUAUAAGGCAAAUGAGUGUAGCAAUACAAAUGCUUAAAGAAGAGAACUCAGAGCUAAAGCAACGUCUUACUACUGUUGUUGCAAGACGUAACAAGGAAGGUGGUGAUUCUCAGAGGAAGCCAUUUGAGUUUAAGAAGAUUAAUCUUGAAGGGUUUUGGGGGAAAGUGGUAGGAAAUUGGGUUCUCCCAAACACAGAUUCUGCUUCUAGAGAGCUCAUGACUCUGUAGAGAAAACAGAGAGGUGUGAGUGAUCAAGAACAGAAACUGAGGAACUUUCUCUAAACAUCUUUGUACUCUGUGACAGGUAGGGUAUACUCUCAAGUAGUUACUGUAAGGUAUCAUAGGAUUAUAGU